UUUUUUUACUGGCUAACAGUAACUCUAGCAUAACUAGCGGGCUACCUAGCUGCAGCUACAUGUUACUCGAUUAACUAGCACGAUUUGAUAAAGCUCGCAUGCUAGCUAGUAAGCAAGCUGUACUUGCACAUGAAAUUUCUUGCCAGCUACAUUUUUUGGCUUUGACUAACUAUUUUCGGAAGUUGCAUGAGUUCGCGAGGUAGCACGCCAGCUAGCUAGCCGCGCUCCACACGUGAACUGAACAAAACAUGAAGGCAGUGGUGUUAACCAAGCUGGUGAAAUGACUGGCAAGCAUACAGAAGUUUGUAAACCCCCAGCGGACAUUUAAAUAAAGGCAACGCCAUGGCUUCACCGUCUGCCAGUGUGGACUCGAAGGCGGAGCUGACGGCCCUUUUGGAGCAGUGGGAGCGGGAUCAGCAGGGCAGUACCCCGGACCUGGUCUCCAUCCUCACCAAAAUCUCGGAGCUGAUUGAGCGGGAAACGGAGGAGUACCACAAGGCGGACCCCGAUCCGUUUGAUGACCGCCACCCAGGAAGAGCCGACCCAGACUGCAUGCUGGGACACCUGCUCAAGAUUCUCUUCAAGAACGAUGACUUCACCAACGCGCUCCUGAACACAUACGUGAUGACGAGCAGAGAGCUGAACCUGAACACCGCCGCCUGCCGUCUCCUGCUGAACAUCAUGCCCGGCCUGGAGACGGCCGUGGUCUUCCAGGAGAAGGAGGGCGUGGUGGAGAAGCUGUUCAAGUGGGCGCAGGAGGCAGACCAGCCGCUGCGCAUCUACGCCACCGGCCUGCUGGCAGGAGCCAUGGACAGCCAGGACAUCGCCGCCAACUACCGCGAGGAGAACUCGCAGCUGGUCCCUCUGAUGCUGCGGCGCCUGCGGGAGCUGCUGGAUAAGGACGCCAAGAGCCGGCCGGAGUUCAAGCGGCCCAGCCCCAGGAAGUGCGCCAGCGAGCCGCUGCUCCCGCUGGACGAGGAGGCGGUGGACGGGGGCUUCCCGAUCGCCCCGUCGCCCCCGCGCAACGACGCGGGCGGGAGGGCAGAGGAGGAGGAGGCGGAGGGGGGGCGCGGGGAAGAGGAGGCCAACGAGGUCAGCAAACCCAACCCGGAGCCACUGCCCGAGCCGCUGCCCGAGCCGUCACUCAAAACAGGCUCCGCCCUCAAGGCCGGAGGCCACACCUCCAUCAAGCCGGCGGCGGAGCCCGUGUACCCGGAGGUGGGCGGGCCGGGCCGGCUGGAGGGCGGGGCCCCGGGCUGGAAGAAGACGGACAGGGAGGGCGAGCGCAAGGCCAAGCAGAAGCUGAACUUCUCGCUGCCCGAACCCGAGCGCUCCUUCAGCGAGCUCUCCAACAGCAGCUGGUCCGAGACCAGCCCCUGGGUCAUCGGCAACAACUACCACCUGUACCCGCUCACGCCCGCCAUCGAGCAGCGGCUCAUCCUGCAGUACCUCACCCCCCUGGGGGAGUACCAGGAGCUGCUGGCCGUGUUCAUGCAGAUGGGAGCCAGAGAGCUGCUCAUGCACUACAUGGACCUGAAGCUGACCAAUGACGUGCAGCUCACCUUCGAGGCCCUGAAGUAUUUGGCCUCUCUGCUCCUGCAUAAGAAGUUUGCGGCAGAGUUUGUUGCUCAUGGAGGAGUGCAGAAGCUUCUGGAAAUCCCCCGGCCCUCCAUGGCAGCCACCGGAGUGUCCCUGUGCCUCUAUUACCUGGCCUACAACCAGGACGCCAUGGAGAGAGUGUGUAUGCUGCCCCACCCGGUGCUGGGUGAUCUGGUGGGGUACACGCUGUGGCUGCUGGAGUGCUCCCAUGCCUCGGGGGGCUGCCACGCCACCAUGUUCUUCUCCAUCUCCUUCGCUUUCCGCGCCAUCCUCGAGCUCUUCGACCGGCAGGACGGCCUGCGCCGGCUCGUCAACCUGAUCAGCACGCUGGAGAUCCUGAACACGGAGGACCAGGGGGCGCUGCUGACGGACGACGAGAUCUUCUCCAGCCGGCAGACGGCCAAGCACACCUGCAUGGCCCUGCGCAGGUACUUCGAAGCCCACCUGGCCAUCAAGGUGGAGCAGGUCAAGCAGUCCCUGCAGCGGUCAGAGGGGGGCGCCCCCGUCCACACGCAGCCCUAUUACAAGGCCUGCUCCUACACCCAUGAGCAGGUGGUGGAGAUGAUGGAGUUCCUGAUCGAGUAUGGCCCGGCCCGGCUGUACUGGGGCCCUGCUGAGGUCUUCCACAAGCUCUCCUGCAUCCAGCUCCUGCUGCAGCUCAUCUCCUUCGCCUGCGACUGGAGGACCUACUACGGCAGGAGUGACACGGUGCGCUACGCCCUGGACAUCCUGGCCAUCCUCAGCGUGGUCCACAAAACGCAGCUGCUUCUGACCGAGGCCGUGGACGUGCUGGACGAGGGGGGCUCCACCGUCUGCACCGUGGGAAUGAGCAUCAUCUUGGGCGUGGCGGAAGGCGAGGUGUUCGUCAACGACGCGGAGAUCCAGAAGUCGGCGCUGCAGGUGGUGAUCAACUGCGUGUGCGCGCCGGACAAGCGCGUCUCCAGCAUCGGCAAGUUCAUCGCCGGGACGCCCCGCCGCAGGGUGCCGCAGCCCGCCAAGGCCGGCGAGAACGUCCUCACCAAGAUGUGGAACGUGGUGCAGUCCAACAACGGCAUCAAGGUGCUGCUGUCGCUGCUGACGGUCAAGAUGCCCAUCACGGACGCCGACCAGAUCCGGGCGCUGGCCUGCAAGGCGCUGGUGGGGCUGUCGCGCAGCGGGGCGGUGCGGCAGAUCAUCAGCAAGCUGCCGCUCUUCAGCAGCGGGCAGAUCCAGCAGCUGAUGAAGGAGCCGCUGCUGCAGGACAAGCGCAGCGAGCACGUCAAGUUCUGCCGCUACGCCGCCGAGCUGAUCGAGCGCGUGUCGGGCAAGCCGCUGCUGGUGGGCACCGACGUGUCGCUGGCGCGGCUGCAGCGCGCCAACGUGGUGGCGCAGUCCCGCAUCUCCUUCCCCGAGAAGGAGCUGCUGCUGCUCAUCCGCAACCACCUGGUGUCCAAGGGGCUGCAGGACACGGCCAACGCGCUCACCAAGGAGGCCGACCUGCCCAUGGCCCACCUCUGCCACGCCCCCUCGCCGCCCUUCGCCGCCGCCGCCGUCGUGGUGGUGCCCGCCGGCUCCCCCGGGGCGGUGCUCCCCCGCACCCCCCGGCUGGCCAACGGGGUGGCGGCUCGCCUGGGCGGGGCGCACACGCUGUCCCCGCUGGGCCACGCCCAGCCCCGCCCCCUGGCCGCGCAGGCCCCGCCCCCGGCCCCGCCUCCUCCCCCCACGCCGAUGGCGGGGGCCCCCCCGCACGGCUCGCCGCUGAUCGGGCGCAUCAUGUUCACGCGGGAGCGGCCCCCGCCCCCCCCCUGCGGGCACAGCGGGAAGCGGCCGCGCGUCCUCCGGCAGAAGUCGGACCACGGCGCCUUCAUCCAGAGCCCCGCCAUGAAGAAGCAGCUGGACCGCCACCUGCCCUCGCCGCCCGCGCUCGACGGCAUCAUCACCGAGUACCUGCGCGAGCAGCACGCCCGCUGCAAGAACCCGGUGGCCACCUGCCCGCCCUUCUCCCUCUUCACCCCGCACCAGUGCCCCGAGUCCAAGCAGCGGCGCCAGGCCCCCACCAGCUUCACCUCCCGCCUCACCCGCCGCGUGCUCUUCCCCAAGUACGGGGGCGUGGACGGGGGCUGCUUCGACCGACACCUCAUAUUCAGCAGGUUCCGGCCCAUCUCGCUGUUCCGCGAGGCGGAGGAGGACGAGAGCGGGUUCAUGUGCUGCGCGUUCUCGGCUCGGGAGCGCUUCCUCAUGCUGGGCACCUGCACGGGUCUGCUCAAGCUGUACAACAUCUUCACCGGCCAGGAGGAGGCCAGCUACAGCUGCCACAACUCCGCCAUCACGCACCUGGAGCCGUCUCGGGACGGCUCCCUGCUGCUGACCUCGGCCUCGUGGAGCUACCCGCUGUCCGCCCUGUGGGGCAUGCAGUCCGUCUUCAUCAUGAAGCAUUCCUUUUUAGACGACCAUUACGUGGAGUUCAGCAAACUGUCGCAGGACAGGGUCAUCGGGACCAAGGAGCACAUAGCUCACAUAUAUGACAUCCAGACGGGCCAGAAGACCCUCACCCUCAACAACCCCGGCCUGGCCAACAACUACAAGCGGAACUGCGCGACCUUUAACCCCACGGACGACCUGGUGCUGAACGACGGGGUGAUGUGGGACGUGCGCUCCGCCCAGGCCAUACACAAGUUUGACAAGUUCAACAUGAACAUCAGCGGCGUCUUCCACCCCAACGGGCUGGAAGUCAUCAUCAACACGGAGAUCUGGGACCUGCGAACCUAUCAUCUCCUCCACACCGUGCCUGCCCUGGACCAGUGCAGGAUGGUCUUCAACAACAAUGGCACCGUCAUUUAUGGAGCCAUGUUGCAGGCCGACGAUGAGGACGACAUAAUGGAUCAGCAGAUGAAGAGUCCGUUUGGCUCCUCCUUCAGGACCUUCGAUGCCACGGACUACAAACCCAUCGCUACAAUCGAUGUAAAACGGAACAUCUUCGAUCUCUGCACAGACACCAAAGACUGCUACCUGGCAGUUAUUGAGAACCAGGACUCCAUCAACAUGGACACGGUGUGCCGCCUGUACGAGGUGGGGCGGCAGCGCCUGGCCGAGGAGGAGGAGGACGAGGAAGAUCAGGACGACGAGGACCAGGAUGAUGAGGACGACGAAGACGACGACGACUCGGACGAUGACCUUGACGACAUGGACACGGACCCCCUCCUGGCUGAGCUGGAGAACGAGAACGGAGGCGAGGAAGAGGAGGAGGACGGCGAGCACGACUUCUCCCCCUCCGACGACGAAGAGGUGGCCCGCCUGCUGGAGGCUGAUGGCGAGGAAGAGGAGGACGACGAUGACGACGACGAUGAUGACGACGAUGAUUCCGACGACAACGACGACAAUGAGCUCAUCCUGGAGAACACAGACAGUUCAGACAACUCGGACCUGGAGGACGACAUCAUCCUGUCCCUGAACGAGUGAACAGGAGCGGGCGUAACCAGGACGACACGGGGGACCCCCGAGACCCCGCUUCCCCAGGAGGGAGGGGGGGGGGGGGCAGAGGGUCCUGCGGGCUGACGCUCCGGGCGGAAGCGGAACUGACAUUAGCAUCUUGAGCGGGUGGGAAGGCAGAGAGCGACGCGCACCCACGCGCACGGAACACGCGGGGGUCUGAGAGGGAGGCGUGCGCGCGGGACGGCUCCACCCCCCCCCCAUCCCCAGGCGCGGGGGCCGCUGGGGCUUUUUGGGAGCAGCCCCCCCCCACACGGGCCAGCCCCAGCACGCGCGGACCCCGGCGCACCUGUAUUAUAGCGUUUCUUAAAAACAAAAAAAGGCUUAGUUUUUUAUGACAUUAUGAGUGGCUUUGUCAGCGUUUGAGCAGAAGGUCUCCAGCGGUGGGGGGGGGGGGGGGAAAGUGAAUGUACACGUAAUAUAUAUUUCUUUGAGUUUCAUUAAAAUGUGUUUGUGAACCGCUUUCUGUGGGACCCACGGUGUGUGACAGUCUCCGCUUUCUGGCGCCCGCGGUCCGCCCGCUUCGCGGUAGGGGAAGCGCGCGACUGGCGGGAAACACGGCGUUCGCGAGCCUCGAUCGUCCAGCGCGAGCUCUGGCCCUCACCGACACGUGCUCAAGAGCCCAGGGACUGCUGGGUAAAGCAUGCGCCUCGCCUGGAUUUUUGGGUCUAAACUGGUCGCUGAUGAAGAUGAUGGACUCUCCAGGACUAGGUGUGAUGGGCCGUGCUGAAGAGAGGGGUGUCUGUCCGCCAUGAACCGAGCGCACGCACGUAACGCCGCUGGUUUCCGAUUGCCGUUCAGUGCCGUCGGAUGAGCGAGACGUGUCACUUCCUGUAGCUGAAGCUACGCCCCAUUUUGGCUCCUCCGGUCCCCGCCUUCUCCUGCUACGUGGUUCCCUGUUUGCAGCCGUGGUGCGCCACACCGCCAUAUCGCUAUACAGCGGCCGUUGGACAUCUCAGGAUUUUACAGCACAUUUUCACGUCAGAACAGAAGUGUUAAAAAGAAAAAAACUGCUCUUUUAUAUUUUAGCAUUUCAAAUUUUCUUACACACACGUCCACCGAUAAUUAUUCAGUGAAGUUCCGAUAAUAAAGCUGCUCGGGUGAGUCAGUGAGCGUUUCUCACAGUGGGGAACACUGGAGGGCCAGAGUGAGUCAGUGAGCGUUUCUCACUGUGGGGAACACUGGAGGGUCAGUGUGAGUCAGUGAGCGUUUCUCACUGUGGGAACACUGGAGGGUCAGAGUGAGUCAGUGAGCGUUUCUCACAGUGGGAACACUGGAGGGCCAGAGUGAGUCAGUGAGCGUUUCUCACAGUGGGAACACUGGAGGGUCAGAGUGAGUCAGAGAACGUUUCUCACAGUGGGGAACACUGGAGGGUCAGAGUGAGUCAGUGAGCGUUUCUCACUGUGGGAACACUGGAGGGUCAGAGUGAGUCAGUGAGCGUUUCUCACUGUGGGGAACACUGGAGGGUCAGAGUGAGUCAGAGUGAGUCAGUGAGCGUUUCUCACUGUGGGAACACUGGAGGGUCAGAGUGAGUCAGUGAGCGUUUCUCACUGUGGGGAACACUGGAGGGUCAGAGUGAGUCAGAGUGAGUCAGUGAGCGUUUCUCACUGUGGGAACACUGGAGGGUCAGAGUGAGUCAGUGAGAGUUUCUCACUGUGGGAACACUGGAGGGCCAGUGAGUCAGAGAGCGUUUCUCACUGUGGGAACACUGGAGGGUCAGAGUGAGUCAGUGAGCGUUUCUCACAGUGGGAACACUGGAGGGUCAGAGUGAGUCAGUGAGAGUUUCUCACUGUGGGGACACUCAAGGGCCAGUGCAUUGGAUGGCUUGGUUUGUGGCACACAUUUCAUUCUGUUUUAGCAAAAACUCUGAUGUCAUGUUAUGAUUAUAAAAUGAGUUUAAAAAUGCAGUCAUUACAAGAGAUCAUUUCCAGUAAAAUGCCUUAAUCAGCUGACACCUUGGAGUCUAAGUUUUGCAUGUUUUAAUUUGACUUUUACUGACAGUAUUAUUUAAAUGAACUUUAAACACCGGCCCUAAUCUGUAAUUGCUCAUGUGUUCACAAAUCCAAGGGGCCAGUAGGGGUCAGUAUUAGACUGUUAAUUAUAACAGAAAUAAUAGGGGGGCUGCAGAAUUGUUGUUUUGGCUUUUUGGUGACUUUCUGAGUUAAGUGGAGAUACUCAUUAAAAUUUCAGUUUUGACAAAGGGAAUACUAGUUUGUGGAGAAAGUGUGUUGGAGUGCAAGUCUUAAUUUCACAAAUAGUUCUCUUCUUAUCUUGAGAGGAUAUGCUUGUUUUGACUUUUUAAUUAGAGAUUUUAUAAAAGCCACAAAUGUAAAGGUAUUGAAAAUGGCAAAUGUACAACCUGUAUCUAAUCUAUUUUUACUAUAAAAAAUAAAAAAAUAAAAAUGUUUUCUUUA